AUGUCGCGGCUGGUAGCAGAGCUCAGCAGUGAGGAUGGCAGGGUGUUCCGUGGAGCUGGCUGCUGCACACGCGUGUGCCCAUACACACCGCUGUGCACCGGGCAAAUCUCAGCCUUGCGUGUCUGCUGCAGGCAGGUGCUUGAGCUGUGCAGAAAUCCAACUCUUCCAGCACGGUCAGAAGUUGAUCAGCACUAUGCAGAGAAAGCAGUGACAGAAUUCCUGCAAUAUUUUCCUGAGAAAAAUGCUGAAGAACAAAGCAUAUGUGAAAAAGAGAGGAUUGAUCAUGCAAAGCAGAUAAUAAAACCAUUUAUCCUGAGAAGAGUAAAAGAUGAGGUCCUUAAACAGCUACCUCCCAAAAAAGAUAUCGUUGAAUUACGUGUCAUGUCUGAGAAACAGGAACAACUCUACUGUGAUCUCUUUAACAAGCUCAAGAAGACUAUUAACAGUAGUGAGAAAAACUCUGAUAGGGGAAAUCUCAUGAUGCAACUUAGAAAAAUGGCUAACCACCCUCUCUUGCACAGUCAGUAUUACGCAACUGACAAGCUCAGGACAAUGUCCAAGCUUAUGCUCAAGCAAGAUUGUGUUUUGCGUGAUUCUACCCAUAGAGAUGCUGACUGUGACCUUAUCUUUGAAGAUAUGACAGUAAUGUCAGAUUUUGAGCUGCAUUUGCUUUCUAAGCAAUAUUGUCACAUCAGUGACUUCAAGUUAGACAUGGAUACGAUCUUGGAUUCUGGAAAGUUUAGAGCACUGGAAUGCAUUCUCUCUGACCUUAAAGAAAAGGGUGACAUAGUUGUAUUGUUUAGCCAGUUUACUAUGAUGCUGGAUAUCUUGGAAGUUGUCCUAAGGCAUUGGAACCAUAGAUACAUUAGGUUGGAUGGAAAAACACAGAUUUCUGAUCGGAUAAAUCUAAUAGAUGAGUUCAAUACCGAUAUGGAUAUAUUUGUAUUCCUCCUGUCGACCAAAGCUGGUGGCUUGGGCAUUAACCUGACCUCAGCAAAUGUUGUUAUUCUUCAUGACAUUGAUUGCAACCCCUACAAUGAUAAGCAAGCAGAAGACCGAUGCCAUAGAGUAGGUCAGACAAGAGAAGUAAAAGUCAUAAAGCUGAUCAGUAAGGGGACUAUUGAAGAAUCUAUGCUCAAAAUCAGCCAGCAGAAACUGAAGUUAGAACAAGAUAUGACUGCAGCAGAUUCAGGUAAGUAAGGAACCAUUCCAGCAGAUAUAGCCACACUGUUAAAAGCUUCAUUAGGUCUCUAA